AUGCAGAACGGAACGACGCUGAAAUCCAAAGCUAAGAAGCUCCGGGACAGUCUCAUGACAGCCAACAAGAAGUGGCGGGAAGAACAGGAGAAAAGCCGCGAGGCGAAGGCAAAGGAGCCUGAGAAAAAGAAGCUCCGACGAAUGCUGGAAAGUUCCGCCGACCAAAGCGUGGCCACCAUCAACGGAAUGUUGGACGUGCCCUACUGCCCUGACAAUGGAAGCGAUGUGGGAAUUAUUUCUACCGCCAUGGUCAAGACACUGCGCAAGCUGGACAAAACAGUUCAAACGACGCAGCUGCCCAAAGCGUGGGUUGGAAGCGCAGUGGGGAACCUACCCGUUAUAGCGAAAACAACGGUGGAACUGCGAGUCACUCUGAGCACGGCCGCCGGCUAA